AUGGGAUUUCUACGCUUCCUAAACGAAAUUGGGGUGCAAGGCAAUGGCGGGCCGACCCACGCUGUGGCAACCGAUGGCUCCUACGUUGCCUACGCAAUCCCCGGUGGCCCCCGCGUGGAGCUGCACUGCCUGGUUCCAGGAUACGGAUCCGGAUCUGGGUCGCGCCCGGAUCGCGGUCCUGCCUACCGCCCGCCCGUCCAGCUGGUGUCGGAAAUGCAGCAGCGGCCCAUCAUCUGUCUGUGUUUCGGAGCUGGGGCCUUAGGCACCAGCGACCCUGCACCCGCCACACACCCUCACGGCCGCCAUCCGGCUAGGGCUGUAGCUGCAACAACUGUGCAGCCGCCGUCCGUGCUGUUCUGCGGCUCGUGGGAUGCCGUGGUGGCCUGGAACGUGACGGCGGUGGUUGAGGCGGUGGGCCGGGGGCAGCCACCGCCCCCGCCGAUUCAGGUGAUGUCGGAUCAGGGCCCUGUGUACUGCAUGACGUACAGUGCCAGCUUGUCGUACUUGGUUGUGGGCACUGGUGCUGACGUCAACAUAUUUGACGUACGCACCUUUCGACACGUAUUCCGGUAA